CUUCUCUGGUUCUUCGCACAUCAAAGGAAAAUCCGCAUCAUACAAUCACUGUUCCGUGUAAGAAAUUUCCACCACUGUUUAAAGCUGGAGCAUAGCUUAUAGCAACCGCAAGGCAAAACCCGAGCUGCAUGCGUACUAGUAACCGCUACUCAUCAUGCAAGCAAGUCACAGGAAUAUGCUCCUUACACUGACAGUCGCCGUGCUCGUGUGGGCAUGGCCGGGAGCUGCAACCCCACCGAGGCCGAGCGCCGCGGCUCCCUCUUGCCAGCGCCGGUGCGGCGACAUGGAGAUCCCUUACCCGUUCGGCAUCGGCCGCGGCUGCUACCUCUACACCGGCGAAGGCGACACCACCUUCGGCCUCACCUGCAACCUCACCGCCGACGGCACCUACAAGACCUUCUGCUACGAGGUCCAGGUCAUCGGGAUCUCCCUGCGCCGUGGCCAGGCGCGCGUCCGCAGCGACAUCCGGUCCUGGUGCUACAACCGCACGUCCAUGUCCAUGGACGAGAACAACAUCUGGUGGAACGACUUCACCGACUCGCAGUUCCGGCUCUCCGACGAGGACAACCGGUUCACCGUCAUCGGCUGCAACUCGCUGGCCUACGUGAGAUCUGCCAACACCGGGUCCAGGUACAUGACCGGGUGCAUGGCCACGUGCCCGGCCGCCGGCCGGCUGGAGAACGGCUCGUGCUCCGGCAUGGGCUGCUGCCAGGCGGCCAUCCCCAGGGGGAUCAACACGUACGAGGUGCAGUUCGACGACAGGUUCACCACCGCCAGCACCAGGGGGUUCAGCCGCUGCAGCUACGCCGCGCUGGUGGAGGCCGCGGCGUUCGACUUCCGGACCACGUACGUCACCGCCGACGACUUCAUGGAGUCGACCGGCGGGAAGGCGCCGCUGGUGCUCGACUGGGUGGUCGGGAAGGAGACGUGCCGGGAGGCGGCGAGGAACACGACGGCGUAUAUGUGCGUCAGCAGCAACAGCGAGUGCGUCGAUUCCAGGAACGGCCCGGGCUAUCUCUGCAACUGCUCGAGAGGGUACGACGGCAACCCCUACGUCCAUGACGGCUGCCAAGACGUUAACGAGUGCACAAGCUUCAAGUACCCCUGCUCUGUUCCUGGAACCUGUGUCAACACUCCUGGAGGUUUCGUCUGUUCUUGCCCUGACAAGACAAGAGGCAACGCUUACAGUGGCACAUGCGAGGCUCAAAAUUCUCAACUUGGUGUGCACAUGGCAGUUGGUAUUAGCAUCGGCUUGGUUGCACUAGUACUGAGCAUGUCUUGUGCUUACAUGAUCCACCAAAAGAGGAGCCUUGCCGCUGUGAAACAGAGGUACUUCAGGCAGCACGGGGGCCUCUUGUUGUUCGAGGAAAUGAAGUCAAAGCAAGGGCUGUCCUUCACAUUGUUCACCAAGGAAGAGCUCGAAGAGGCGACCGACAAAUUCGAUGAGCGACAUGUGCUUGGCAAAGGAGGGAAUGACACCGUCUACAAGGGAGCUCUGAAAGACAAAAGAUUAGUUGCAAUAAAGAGGUGCAAGUUAGUCAACGAGAGGCAGGAGAAGGAGUUUGGGAAGGAGAUGCUCAUCUUGUCCCAGGUCAACCACAGGAACGUUGUGAGGCUAUAUGGAUGUUGCCUUGAGGUGGAAGUCCCUAUGCUCGUCUACCAGUUCAUCCCAAACGGCACGCUGUACCAGCUUAUCCAUGGCCGGCCACAUGAGACACGCAUUUCCUUCGCGACACGCCUGAAGAUAGCACACGAGACCGCUGAAGCCCUCGCGUACCUGCAUUCCUGGGCUUGACCCCCAAUCAUCCACGGAGAUGUGAAAUCACCCAACAUACUAAUUGAUGAGGAUUACACCGCAAAAGUUGCCGAUUUUGGAGCUUCGACAUUGGCUCCAACAGAUGAAGCUCAAUUUGUCACAUUUGUCCAAGGGACUUAUGGUUAUCUCGAUCCAGAAUAUAUGCAGACCAGCAAGUUGACGAGCAAGAGUGAUGUAUACAGCUUCGGUGUUGUUCUGCUAGAGCUGCUUACAUCCAGGAAGGCGAUGAACCUUCAGGCACUUGACGAGGAGAAGAACCUCUCAUCACAUUUCCUCCUGGCCGUGAGCGAGAACAGGCUUUGUGAGAUACUGGACGAACAAAUAAAAGGUGAACAGAGUGUCGAGCUGAUCGAGCAGGUGGCGGAGCUGGCCAAGGAGUGCCUGGAGAUGGCUAGCGACAGGAGGCCCUGUAUGCGGGAAGUUGCAGAAGAGCUUGAUAGAGUCAGGAAACUGUUGCAGCAUCCCUGGGGUCAGCAGACUUCUGACGAGGAGAGAAAGGCCUUGCUUGUUGGGUCACCAAUCACGCGCCCUGAAAUAGAACUCAGUAAUGGGUAUGUUAGCCUCACAGAUUCAGCCUACUUGGGAGUUCAAUCCCCACGGUGAAGCCUUUCUUUUUUUUGCCGAGUUAUGUACUUAUGUUUGUGGUAAUACUGAUGGAUUCCGAUAUGUGUGGGUAAGUUCCUAAAUAAUGAGGCAUACGAAUAGAAUAUGGCCCAGUGAUUUUA